CUAUAUCUUUUACAUCUAUCUCUAUCCCUCUCUGUUUGUAAAUGUAUCAUGAUCUUUUGAAAGUCGUCGAUUGCGAACGAAACAAAAAACGAUGCAAAAAAAGAAAUCCCAUUAAAUCACAUCAUUAUAAACAGAAGUGGUAAUUGAAGAAAACCCCAAAUCGACAGGAGCUUAAAUGAUGAAAAAUCGUAAAGAAUCGAAUAAAACCAAGAAUAUUGAUGUUAUUCUUGAUUAUUUAGGUGAUAUUGGUAGAUAUCAAUGGGAAAUAUUUUUAUUAUCAAUAUUACCAGUAUUUAUUGCUGGUAUGUUAAGUACAUCGUUUAUAUUUACAACAUCUAUACCGGAAUAUAGAUGUUUUAUUCCAGCAUGUGAUGCAUUGAAUGCUGAACAACAACCAGAAUCUGUACGAACAAAAACCGAAUUAUUUUCAAAAUCUUUUAUAUCAUUGGCAAUACCAAUGAAAAAAAAUUCAUUAAAAAAUGAAUUUGAUAAUUGUUUUAUGUAUGGAAUGAUUGAACAGCCAAAUAAAAAUUAUUCAUCAUCAUCAUCAAAAUCAUUACAAUGUUUACCACAAUCAUUUGAUAAUCAAACAUUACGAAAAUGUGUUAAUUAUGUUUAUAAUAAUGAAUAUUUUUAUUCAACAAUUGUAACCGAUUAUAAAUUACAUUGUAAUGAUGAAUGGUUUGUACAGUUAAUGCAAUCAUUAUUUUUUUUCGGUGUUCUAGUCGGUGCAAUUGUUAAUGGAAUAUUGGCUGAUAAAUAUGGUAGACGAAUAAUUUUCAUAAUCUAUAGUCCAAUAACAACAAUAUGUAUUUUACUUAGUAUAUUUGCACCAAAUCUAUCCAUAUAUGCAUUUAGUUUAUUUAUAAAAGGAAUUUGUGUUGCCGGUAUUUAUCAAUCAGCAUUUACAUUAGGUAUUGAAUGUUUAGAUGGUAAAUGGAGAUUUUGGCUUGGUAAUUCAUAUAGUGUUAUAUUUGCAUCUGGUGCUAUUUAUGCAUGUCUGUGUGCAUGGUGGUUACGUUCAUGGCGUCUAAUGGAAAUUUCAAAUUUAUUUCCGGCAAUUUUUAUGUUACCAUAUCCAUUAAUUUUAUCCGAAUCGAUUCGUUGGCAAUUUUCAGCUGGAAAAAUUCAACAAGCAUUACGACAAAUAACUGUUGCUGCCAAUAAGAAUAAUGUCGAUAUACCGGAUGAUUUGUUUCAAUCAUUUUUGAUUGAAUCCGAAAAACCAAUCAAUGAAAAAACCUGUGAUCAACAACAAUCAAAUGUAUCGAUAAUGGAUUUAUUCGGUCAUAAAUUAAUAAGAAAAUGGACAAUAACAUUUCUUUAUAUUUGGUUUACAAAUGCCUUAGUAUAUUAUGGAUUAUCAUUUUUAGCAUCGGAUAUUAAUCAAAAUAUUUAUCUAUCAAUGGUUUUAUUAAUGGUUGUUGAAUUUCCUGGUGUAUUAGUUGCAUCAUAUUUGGGUGAUUUUUCACGAAAAUAUGUUUUAAUGGGAAUUAUGAUUACUGGUGGCUGUUCAUGUAUUAUAUCAUCAUUUUUAUCAGCUGGUAAUUUAAAAAUGUGGUUAGCUAUUUUGGGUAAAAUGAGUAUUAGUGGAUCAUUUUCAUUAAUAUAUGUUUAUUCGGCCGAAAUAUUUCCAACUAUACUUCGUAUUACCGGAUUGGGAAUGUGUUCAUUUUGUUCACGUUUUGGUGCAAUGAGUGCACCAUAUCUAUUACAAUUGCAUUUAUUUGGUGAUUCAUUUCCAUUUCGUGUUAUCGGUAUUAUAACACUGUUAGCCGGUAUUGUAAGCAUAUUAUUACCCGAAACAAAAGGAAAAAAAUUACCCGAUACAUUAGCCGAAGUUGAACAAUUAAAAUAUACAAAUAAACAAUUAAUACUAUUAUUGAAUAAUGGUGGUGAUAGUUGUUCAAUUGUAUCAACUGAAUUAAAUGAAACAGAUGAUUUAUUAGGAAAUGAAUGUCGUAUGAAUGUAACAACAAAAUAAUAAUCAACAGAACAAAAUCUAUCUAUU